AUGGAUGAAAUUUUUGACACUCUCCUUUUGUCGUACGAUGAUAGUUUAAUAUCAGACGAGGAGCUUUUACUUCUCCAAGAUUACUUAUGUAUAUCGCCAAAUAGGCACUCAAAUUUCCCUUAUCGGGAUUAUAAUCCAUUUGACUGGGAAAACCUUGACGAACUUACUUGCAAAGUUGAGUGUCGGUUUGACAAACAAGACAUUCCAAGGUUGCAAGAAGCGCUUCAAUUUCCAGAAAUGAUUUCCAUCCCACAUGCUACAGACUGUCCUGGAUUGGAAGCUUUGUGCAUAUUGCUCAAAAGAUUUGCUUACCCAGUGCGAUACUGUGAUAUGGUUCCCAUGUUUGGCCGAUCAGUGCCCGAACUAUGCAAGAUUACUCAAUAUGCAAUCAAUCAUAUUUACAACAACCAUGGUUUCAGAUUACAAAGCUGGAAUCAACCAUUUCUAUCUCCAGAGAAUCUGGAAUCCUAUGCAAAUGCAAUUCAUGUCAAAGGUUCCCCUCUUCUAACAUGCUUUGGUUUCAUCGAUGGCACAGUUCGGCCAAUUUGUAGACCCAGUGUUAAUCAAAGAAUUGUUUACAAUGGUCAUAAGCGGCUACAUGCCAUCAAAUUUCAGAGUAUAUGUAUUCCGAAUGGUCUGAUAGCAAACCUGUCUGGACCAUGGGGUGAGUUAGCACUUUUUUGACAUUUAUAUUGCCAAUAAUCAGUACAAUGAUGUGUUCUGUUAUAAAUUGUUAAUAUAUAAAUUUUGAACAAAGUCAUUCAAUUCAAUCAUUUAGUUAUAUAUUUUGUUUUGCUUUGCUUUAGAGGGAAGAAUGCAUGAUGCACGUAUACUUGGAGAGUCAGGCUUGAUGCAAGACCUCAGGCAGCAUGCAUUUGCACCAGACGGCACCCCAUUAUGUCUAUAUGGUGACCCAGCCUACCCAUUGAGGGUCCACCUCCAGCAACCAUUCCGAAAUAAUGCCGCAUUAACAGAAGAUAUGAGGCAAUAUAACAAGGCAAUGAGCAGUGUACGAGUCAGUGUGGAAUGGUUAUUUGGAGAAAUAACCAAGUAUUUUAAGUUUGUAGAUUUUAAGCAACAACUUAAAAUACGGUUAAGUCCCAUUGGAAAAAUUUACAUUGUAUCUGCCAUAUUGCAAAAUAGUUUAGCUUGCUUGUAUGGUAACAUUGUAUCAGAAUAUUUUGAAAUCAACCCACCAACACUAGAAAACUACUUCUGGAGAGCUGAUGCAUAG